AUGGACCACACUCUGUUUGGGUGCCUGCGGAGUCCCCAUGGCCCGGGUCAGGCCUUACACCCAGCCUUCAGUCCCUCUCCCCUGGCCCUGCACGGUCGGUCUGACCAUGUGUCCUACCCUGAGCUGGCCUCAUCCUCCUCUUCAUCUUCCACGACAUCCCCGUCUCCGAGCGUCAUCUCUGGAUACCCACCCGAGAAGGGUCUGUACCACCCUCAGCACCACACGCACCGCUCCCACCUGCCCCCCCAGUACCACCCGUCCCACCAGCACCAUUCGGCCCCCCCAUGGCACAUCUCGCACCUGCCCGGGAACAGCAGCACAACGUCCCGCCACAACCUGCACCCCCAUGAGCCCUCUCCUCAGGGGCCUCCCAUGUGUGCCAGUCCCCCCAGCCUCAUGGGGGGCAGCCUGAGCAGCGGGACCCCGAUCGGAGCUGAGUACAGGCACAUGAGCUCUGAGAGCGAGAAGAGGAGCAAGAGGAGGAGCGAGAGCUCAGAGUCUCAGGAUGGGAAUUACAAAUCAGAUGUGAGCAGUAAACCCAGGAAAGAGCGGACGGCUUUCACCAAGGAGCAAAUCCGGGAGCUGGAAGCCGAGUUUGCCCACCACAACUAUCUCACCCGGCUGAGGCGCUACGAGAUUGCAGUCAACCUCGACCUCACAGAGAGACAGGUAAAGGUGUGGUUCCAGAACAGGAGGAUGAAGUGGAAGAGAGUGAAAGGAGGCCAGCAGGGGGCAGCAGCUCGAGAGAAAGAACUGGUGAACGUGAAGAAGGGAGCGUUACUGUCAUCAGAGUUCUCUGGGAUUACAGCACUGCACCACUCCACGGACUCGCUAGUCAACGACGACAGCCCUGAGAGCGACCAGAGCUCGGAUCAUGCUCACUUGUGA